ACGCCCUAUUCCAAAAUCCUCAUCAUUUCGACAAACUGUUUCUCAUCCAAAGAUGAAAUGGGAAAGGAUGAGAACAUAAAGAGAUAUUUGGGUGGCGCAGUUUCGGAGAUAGCAUCAGCAACCAUAUGGAGAUAGCAGUGAUAAUAACGCUAAGUAUUUAUCUCUUUAUCAUGUUUAGUAUUUGCUCUGCUUCCGUUCUUCUAAAGAGAGGUCGAAGAGGUCUUAUUUUAGAGAACCGGUUUCCUCCUCCUUCCAGACAAGGAGCUUACAACUCUUUAGGAAUGCCUUCAACAACCGUUUUUGGCUUCCUUCCCUCGCAUUCUUCAAAACUUGAUGAGGUAGCUCCAGAAUUGGCUUAUGGAGAUAAACACUCUUUUUAUAAAGUUCGACCACAGUUGAGAGAGUUGUUCAAGUAUUGCAAAGGUGUAGCACCUACUCAGGAUGCAUCGGUUUGUAAGUAUGCAGAUAUAGAGAAUGCAAUCUCGCUAUCUACCACCAGUUGUUGUUCAACCUCACCGGAAGAGACCAAGUUACACUUGGAGGAAGAGGAAGUAAUUGUGGAAGCUCAAAAAAAGCCUUCACAAAGGAUGGUCGAGAACAAUGGAAGGAAUAUUUUGGAACGGACAUUAUUUGCAGUGUAUUUAAAAGGAAAGGAUGAAGAAGCUGAAUGGUUAUUUGACCAAAUAUUGAGGGAUCAUAAUAUUUGUGUUAUAUGUUUAGACGAUUUCGAAGUUAACUGUUCUAUACGAAUGCUUCAUUGUGCGCAUUUUUUCCAUAGCAACUGUCUUCGUCAAUGGCUUUCUAAAUCUACGCAAUGUCCGUUAUGUAAGGAUAGUGUUUAUCUGCUGCAGAAUGUGGAAGAGACAAACAGAGCUAUUCCAUAUCGUAUAGACAAUAACAGCAGCCAAUGAGGAGACUGCAGUCAUGCGAAUUUAACUUACAAACGACAGAUUUGGAGGAACUAUCUUUGCAUACCUUCAGAUGUUGUGCAUUAAAAAAUGAGAAAUGACGCUACGAUCAACCCUUUGAGAGUUGUUAUAACAAAACGAAACGAAUCAUUUGUAUACGUAACUUAUCACUUUCGACAAGUGUUAGAUAUACCUCAUUAAAGAUAAUUGUCAAGACGUUUGUUGUCAAUGGAAAAGAUAUUUUUCAUUCAUUGCUCAUGUUCAAAUACUGCAAGUCUUUUCAAAAUGCAAACCUGUUAACAACUAUCCAUCAUCUAUUCAAAGAAAAUUUCUUCGUCGUUCCCAACUGGAACGAAAGUCGUUUGUGACGAAUAAUAAAGACAAGUUACAAGGA